GGAGAAGGGAAAGGCGCCGGAGGCGCCGCCGUCGCUGCCGCUGUUGGGGAUGGUCCCUGUCCCAGGAAAGGGCGGGCGAGCUGCCUGCCUGAGGAGCGGCUCCUGUUACGACCGCCCGGAACAGCCCCAGCGGCUGGGUAUAUAUGCUGCCGCUGCCGCACGCCGCCUCAUUAGCGCCUCGCCGGCUCCAUAUAGCCCCCGCCGCGGAGGAGGGACCGAGCCCGUGCCGGCCCUCAGACUGGCUGCUCGCCUGAAGGGGAAUGGAGGAGGACGGAGAGAGGGGAGAGACAGCGGCGGCUCCGAGUGCAGGGAUGCGUUUCCGAGCUCCCGAUCUUCCUGCCCGACAAUUAUCCUCACGCAGCAGCCUCUUGAGAUUAAAAAGCAACAGCAGGACGUGUGUGGCUUUUUGGAAGUCAACAAGAUAGAGUAUGAGGAGAAGGACAUCGCGGCCAAUGAAGAGAACCGCAAAUGGAUGCGGGAGAACAUCCCCGAAAACUGCCGGCCGACCACUGGGAAUCCUUUGCCUCCACGAAUCUUCAAUGACGGCCGGUACCUUGGGAACUAUGACGAUUUCUUCGAAGCUAGAGAGAAUAAUGCGGUAUACGCCUUUUUAGGCUUGACUGCCCCACCUGGUUCCAAGGAGGCAGAAGCCCUGGCGAAGCAAGAAGCGUGAAUAUUUUCCCUUGUGCCUAAAGCCUUAAAUGUUCUGCGAAGGGAAAUUUCAACAGCUUUUUGAUACAGUAGCAAAAAUAUCUAUGCUUCAAGAAUUCCGCCCCACCCCCACCCCCUAUGCUGAUUGCUGCACACGGCAUCCCCACUAUACAUGAAUAUAAAAUGGAAAACGCCAAGUGAAAACUCAAACUUGCCAUGAAGACAAAGGGUGUCAUUAAAGGAAGUGUUUAGAAAUAAUGAAUUUCCCCCCACUUGUUCACCCAAGUGGUGCAAUCUGCUUUUUGGCAAUAGUGUAAUUUUUUAUUUUAUUUUUUGUAAACUUAAAAAAACACCCCACCUUAUUUUACUAUUAGUAAUGCAAAUCUGUAGUUAUACUUGUAGAUCCAACCGCUGAAACAGCAGCAAAUAAUUCUGUUAAUCAACGCCAGUGCCUCAAAAACAUUACUGAAAAAUAAUGUUGGUGUUUCUUUAAAUGUGAUUUUUGAAAUACAAAAAGUUAAUGUGUAGUGUAGUAUAGUAAUAGUUGUAGUUGCUUGCUGAGGUUAGGGUAUUUCUUCAUUUGUAGGAUGCAUUUUGAA